CCCCAAAACCCUACUGAAAAGCCUCGUUCUCCCUCGCCCGCUCUCUUCUCGUCAUCCCUCAUGGCGUCCUCAGAACCCAAACCCUCAAAAUCUCGCAGCAAAGACAAACGAAAACGGCCCCAGCUCCAUCAACAAGACGAAACCCUAGAUCAACAGCAAGCCUCAGCCCCCAAGAAGGCCAAAUCCAGCUCGCCGUGGGCCAAUCUCGACCUGAUCCUAUCUCUCCAGCGCAACGAUCUCGACAUCCAAAGGAAGGUCGAACUCGCAUCUGAGUUCAUUAGCUCAGAUGUUGGUAUCAGCGAUGCUAGGCGGCAGCCUGUAUCGGUCUCUCGGUUAGCCUCUUUUCUUACUGAUUGGAUUCAGCCGUUGUUGAUUCCCCGAGAGAAAAGCUCGGGUCUUUGCGUGCAUUGUCUAGAUUGUAGGUGCUGGGCUGUUCUUAGAUUUUGUUUGAAGAAUUCGCAGUUUGCAGUCUCCCUAAACCUUCUUAAAUCUGCUGCCCAAGUCUUUAAGUAUAGUGAGGGUUCGGCUGAUGGGAAAAGAUUGUUUGAGAGUGUACUAGAGUGCUUCGAGUUGAUACUCUCGGCUAACCCUAGAGCUUUCUAUAAUGCCAGCAUGGAUUUGUGGAGACCUUGCGUGGUUGAGAUUGUUGGUUCUGUUCAUAGAUGUUCGGGUAAUGGUGAUCACGAUGUGGUCUUAAGAUUGGCGCACCUUCUUCUUGGGCAUUUUGUGAACUUCCUAAGGUUUCAUAAGGAUCCUACAAAUAUUUUUAGUAAGUUUGUAGAUGGUCUACUUGAACCCUUGUUGGAAUUGUUGGUUCUAUUGCACUUGAGAACUAAAGGCGGCGUAUGCGGUCAAUUUGGGAGCUUGUUGAGGUUGGUGGAGGAUGUCUUAUCAAAUGGCUUAUUUCAUCCUACCAAUAUUGGUGGUUUUUUUAGCUUAAAGAGUUCGAUCGCAGAGCAAAAGACUUGGACGCCUAAGGGACACAGGGAAUUCUUUAAGAAGUUAGGAAAUAUUAUAACAGAUAAGAAAGCAAUGGUAUUGCGGGGUUUUGGAUAUUUGUUCCGUUUAUUUAUUACAAGUACUAAGAGUCAAAAAGGAGUUUCUUUGGCAGCAAAAAGUGAUCAAGCCUUGGCAAAAAAUAGUGAGACCUCGGAUGAACGUAAAGAAACAAGUAAACCGUUGUUUGAAGUUUUUGUACAGUUUAUGCAACCUCUUGUGCUUGAAUGUAAAAGAUGUUCAGAAAGGGAGCUCUCAAAGUACGAAGAAGGCUUAGAAGAUAGGCUUCUUGAAGCUCAUGGCAUGCUUAAGUCAUUGAAUGAGACGCUAGUAAGUUUUAUCCAAGAGAAAAUAUAUAUACGCACAGAGGAUACAUCUGAUGGAGGUCAUUAUAAUUUUUUGAAAGAGGUGUAUGGAACAAUUGUCUUGAUCUCGGGGAAAAUAUACCAGCUAUGGUUGUCGACACUGGAUAUGGAUGGUGGUAGAGUGAAAAAGAUGCUACCCUUGGUGGCUAGAGAGGUGGUUGUAGCCGUGGGAUACUUUUUGGAGAUUGAAUAUAAGGUUGUUGAAGAUGAUCUAGUGAAAUUAUGGGUCAUGAUGGUCUCUUUCUUAGCUGUGUAUCUAUCAGUUGAAGAUACACAACCCUCUUCGCCACUAACCUCAGAUAUUCUGAAUCUUGGAUACAGACUGAUUAACAUCUACAGCGAGCUUCGUCAGGUUAGCGAUGUAUUCUCUUACAAUUCUAUGGAUGGACUUCCUUAUUCCUCAAGUUUAAUAGUUGUUAUUUCCAUAAAAGACAUUGGAGUAGGCACUUCCCAAUGUAAAUAGGUAUCAUUGUUGUGCUUUCUAAUACCUCGCAC